CAAGACUCCUGAAGUGAAAGCAAAAAAACAAUUCUAAAACACUUCCUGUUGAGGAUUUAUAUUUGAUGUGAAACUUAUCUUACAAUCACUGUCAGCAUGUCUGCUUUCUGGUUAAAGCUGACAACCGUCCUUUGUCUCUCCUGUGCAGCCCGGAGUGGCCCAGGUCACAUGGUCUGGUGUGGGUGAAAACACAUACACAUUUCCUACUGAAGAGUUCAGAAUUCAAGUGCACCUUUGUGCGACAGUCACUCUCAGCAUGUCUGCUGUCUGGUUAAAGCUCCUAACUCUCCUUACCAUCCUCUCCUGCCCAGCCCUGAGUGGCCCAGUGAACAGUGAAGUGGUAUGGAAAGAUUCUGGGGAAGCAGUCACUAUCCAAUGCAGAUGUUCCAAACCAGACCAAGAGUUCCUGACUCUGACAAAGGGGCUCAGUGAGGAGUAUCAUGUUUUGUACAGAGACGGCAAAUCAGAAAAAAACACCAUUCAAGAAGAAUUCAAAGGCAGACUUCAGUUAAAUAGAGGAUUCCCCAAUGUGGAUAUUUUCAUCAAAAACUUGACCUCGAAUGACACAGGACCGUACUGGUGCGAGUACAAGAAGUUUGACCAGGCGUCCAGUAAAAUCUUGAAAAUGAAAGGCACAGGGUCUAUUCUCCUGGUGGUGACGGAUAGGCCUCAGCAGUUCAUUACAGAUUCAGCAUGUGACCCAUUAGAAAACAAUCUGGUCCUGGUGUUUGUUGUGAUCUGUGCUGCAAUGCUGCUUGGCAUCAUCAUGUGCUUCUUCAUACGGAUCAUCAUCCUUAAGACCAAGACGUUGCGGACCAAAAACAAACCGAGGAAGGUCCCCACCAAUGAUGUUUAUGAAGACAUGCGUGGAACCAUCAGACGCUGAAGGUGUCAGCCUGCAAGCAAGCAACCUGAAACUCCACAAUCUCGAAGCAAUGUUGCAACUCAGCAUGUUCUCUCUCAUCUCUUCAGGCCCUAUGUGUGUCUGGCUGAAAGACAGUUCUGGCAAUAAAGUUUAUGAAUUGCUAAAAGGUCUAACAUAGGAACACCUGCUCUGCCAAUGAACAGUUUGGCACAACUGGCACAACAAAUACAUAACACAAUCCUGAAAGUAUAGAGAAGUACAAAUUGUCUUUCCGUGGCAAGAAAUCAUAAAUGGAUUGUACUGAAAUGACGCCCCGACACGUAUUUUUUAUGUAAAUAUGUCUUCUUUAAUUUCACUAAUUUCUUAUACAGUAUUUUUGUACAAAGUGAUGAUUAGUUGAAAAAACGUAACUUGCCAUAAAGGAUAAAUACUAUGUAUUGUGAUCAUAUUAACUGUAAUUGUGUGUCUACACGAAUAAAACAGUACUUUUGA